AUGAAUGGUAGUGACAAUUAUCGAUUUGCAGCUGUCGAUAUCACCGACAAAGAUGAUCCAAGUAGCAGUUCUGGUGAGAAGCAACAUCAAGGAACCUCGUCAUCAACUAAUCAAUCAUGUAACGGUACUCCAACACCGCAACAAUCUCAGAUACAAGCGCAAGCGGCUCCAGUUGACGAUGGACCACAAGAAUUUGUUCCAGGGAAGAAGUGGGAAUGGAGAGAUCCCAAUAAGGUAGCAGAGGACCCGAAUGCUACUCCAGGCACAUGUAAGCCAAAUCCGUUGCUGACAACUGGUUCCGCCGCCCAACCUUUCUAUUUGUAUAGCAGUAAUAAUAACAACGGCUCACCACAAGGUAGUACUGCCACUAAUGCGUCAAAUGCUGUAACAACAACGGCUAAUUACUUAAAUGAUCUACAUACCAUUAACAGGAGUCCAAGUGCAGGUUAUCUAGGAUGGAAUAGUGGUACUGUUAAUCCAGCUUCUUUUUCUACCGGCGACAUGUGGCCUACAGUAACAACAGGUAGCACUGCUGCGCGACAGUCUCGAGUUGCAUCGGGGCCAACAGGAAUUGGGCCAUUUGGACAUGCGCCAAUGCGAGGCGGACCUGUGGGAACUACUGGACUCACUGUGGGGCCUUAUCAACGUUCCAAUUUAAGCCCCUUUGGUCUCCAGCAGCCGCAGCAACAUCAGUGGGUUUUCGUGCAGUUGCAUGGAGUGAACGAAAAACAGGUGCAGAUGUUAUGCCAGAAAGUGGGCCAAGUACUACAUGCAUUUUGCCCGCAUGGUGCUCCAUUUUUAUUUGUUAAAUUCGUAGAGCCUGCUGAAGAAAUUAUUCGGCGGCUGAAGGCUGAAGCUCCGCUUUUGCAAGUAAAAAUUGUGACAGAGUCGGAAAUGGAUCGAUUACUAAAACCGCGCGCCACACUAUCAUAUGGUGGUCCUAUGGGGCCGGCCGGAACAACAGCGGAACAGUGGAUGUUUGGUACCGGUACGGUCACAGCUUUGUUACCUAACUGUGCUUCCAGCAAUACCGAUGUACUACCACAACAAUUCCAUUUCCAUGCAUCUGAUACAGCUGGCGAUCUUACACGACCUUUUUGA